AUGAGCGACGUAUCGGAUAAUACUAAGGAUUUAAACUCCAUUUUACAAUCCCUCCAUGAUAUUCCAUAUCUGAAGUCAUCAAGGAACCCUACAGAGAGGGCCAAGAUGGACCAUGCCUUGAAGAAAUUGAUUUUUUCAUUGUUAUACUAUUCCAUCACCAAUAAGGGUCAAAACUUGAGUAAUUUAUUCCAUUUCAGACUGGAUGAAGGCUUAACUAUAGAUGAUCUGAAAUUUCCUGCUUCGUUGGAUGAAAUAAUGGAUAUGGAAAAUUAUAGCAAAGGUGAUGAAUUUUAUAAAUUUAAGAUUGCUACAGCGACGGCAAGUGCUGAUGCUGAUAGUGCAUCCAGCCCUGAAUCUGAGUCUAAGAUAUUGAAAAGAUUCAAUCAUAUGGGGAGAAACUGUGGUAAGAAAUUUAAGUUGGGAGAACCCCUUUAUAGAUGUAAAGAAUGUGGGUUUGAUGACACAUGUGUCCUUUGCAUCCAUUGUUUUAAUCCUAAAGAUCAUGAAAAUCAUCAUGUUUAUACCGAUAUUUGUACUGAUUUUACAAGUGGGAUUUGUGACUGUGGAGAUCAAGAAGCUUGGCAUGCACAACUGCAUUGUAAGGCUGAAUUAGCAUCUGCUUCUGUGGACACCGCUGACGAUAUGGAGGAAGACUUAGAAGCCAUCUUUGAUACCAAUAAUAAAAUUAUACGAUCAUUGAUGGUAUCUACACUAUCUACAGUCUUUGAUUAUUUUAUUGACAUGUUUAACCAAAAUAUUGAACCCCUACCCGUAUUUACUAAAGAAAUCACAUUAAAAUUAAGGGAAUUGACACAGCAGGGCAAAAUAGAUGAGAGAUCGCAAUUACUAAAGGAUUUAGCUUACUCUAAUAAGUUCUUAAACAAUCAAGAGAUUCCGGUGGAGGAAAGAGAUUAUACCGUGAUGAUUUAUAAUGAUGAGUAUCAUAAUUAUUCCCAAGCGACAAUGGCUUUAAGACAGGGGGUCCCAGAUAAUGUUCACACGGAUCUUUUAACCUCAAAGAUAGAUAGUGAAGGUAGAGCAAUGUUAAAAUGUUCAAAUGAUUUGACAAAUUUGAUUGAAGGAUUCUUUGCCGUACAAACUAACGGAUUAAGUGCCACACUGACAACUUGGUCUGAAUAUAUUCAUCAGGAAGCUUGUAAAUAUAUUAUUAUUUGGUUGUCUCAUUGUCUCUCGUUACCAAACGCAAAAUUUCAAACUUUAUUUAGAGACGUUCUAGGUGAAGUGCUUUGUCAACCCAGGACAGAACCAACAAUUGACAGCAAUAGUAGAGAUAUGAUAUCUGUUGUAGAAACACAUUUCAAAAAAAAUUUGCCUGAUAAUAAUCCAUAUAAAUUUAUUGAUGUUUCCAUUUUUGCCCCGAACCUACAGAUCCCCUUGGGUCAUCAUAGUCUAUUAAACCCAACCGAGGACAAUUUAAACCAUAUUUCAAACUUGUCAAAUGCCAUUGUGAAACCAACAACAAGAACAUAUUCGAAUACCAGAUUACAGCAUUUGCUAUAUAUGGAUAAUCGAUAUUGGAAAAGAUUAAGAAAGGAUUUACAGAAUGUUAUAAUACCAACGUUGGCUUCAAGUAUCAUUUAUAAACCAAUAUUUUGUCAGCAGGUUGUGGAAAUAUUCAAUCAUAUCACAAGAUCGAUUACAUACAUGGAUAGAGAGCCCCAACUUACCGCUUUGAGAGAAUGUGUUGUUCAAUUGUUUACCUGCCCUACAAAUGCCAAAUGGAUAUUUCAAAAUGGUACACAUUUCAUUGAUAUUGUUUGGUCUGUGAUCGAUGUUUUCAUGGAAUUUUGUAAAAUUGAAAAUGGGACCCUAAUUUGGCAGAGAGUUCAAGUGAGUAAUUUGACAAAGAGUUAUACGAUCUCCUUUAAACAAGGUCUGUACACAGUAGAGACUCUAUUGAGCAAGAUAAGCGAUCCAAAUAUUUUAUUAAGGCGCAUGGAAUUCAUCACAGUGAUGACACUCUGUAAAAUAUUUAAUGGUGCUUGGAAAAUAAAGAGGAAAGAGGGUGAGCAUGUUAUUCAUGAAGAUCAGCAUUUUAUUCCAUACCUAGAAUAUACCACAUCCAUCUAUGGAAUCAUACAGACUUUAGAAAAAUUAUUGGAAAAUAAUAAAACGAUGAUUAACAAAGAGCUUUUAGGUAAUUCUAUCCAUUUGUUAAACACUUUGUUAAGUCAUAAAUCGUUGGUCUAUAAGUUAGUGUAUGAUUCUCAUGAAAUUGUUAAAUUUACAGUGAGUAACGAAAGAGUGUCCUACAUGAAUCCUAUACAUACAUUAUUUUCAUUUCUCAUUGAGAAAAUUUCAUUGGAGGAUGCUCGUAGAAUUGUAUCUAAAGAAUGUGAUGAUUUCUUGAAAAUAUCAGAUUUUUCUUUAAGAUCGGUUGUACUCUGCUCUCAAAUUUAUGUUGGAUUUUGGGUUAGAAAUGGUGCAUCGGUUCUCCACCAAGCGUCAUAUUAUAAGAACAACCCAGAAUUGAACUCCUACUCUAGAGACAUACAUUUGAACCAAUUGGCGUUACUUUGGGAAAAAGAUGACACCCCCAGAGUUAUUUAUAACAUGUUGGAUAGAUGGGAAUUGUUAGAUUGGUUCAAUGGUGAUGCAGAAUAUAACAAAACAGUAUAUCAGGAUAAGGUUUCCCUAAUUUUCCAACAGUUCAUUGCAUUUACUUAUCAACUAUUGACUGAAAGACAGUUCUUCAAAAGUUUUGCUUCCUCUGAGGAAAGAAUUUUAUCUCAAAUAAAGAAUGCAAUUAUUUAUUCCCUUUAUUCAAAGCCACUCUCAUAUUCAAAACUUUUAAGAUCUGUUCCAGACUAUUUGACGGAGGACUCUACUUUAUUUGACUCAGCACUAAGUGAGGUUUCUAUCUUCGUUGAACCUAAAGGUUUAGCAGAUAACGGUAUCUUCAAAUUGAAAGAAUCGUUAUUCUCUAAGAUUGAUCCUCUUAAGUUAUCAAACUUAGGUAACGAAUUUGAAUCAAGUUCAGCAAUUAUUAAGGCACAUAUUGCAAAACAGAAAAAGACUACUGAUUUACCAUCCAUUAUACUUCAACCCCAAAUCACCCCAGUAAAGCAUUUAGAUAAAGAUACUCAAAAUUUGGGCAACUUCACUAGAUCAUCUGUAUUUACCAAAGUCAUCUAUAAGCUACUUCAAGCUUGUUUAGAUAAUGAAGAUGGGACAUUCUUAAACGAACUAUUGCAUUUAAUACAUGGUAUCUUCAAAGAUGAUGAACUUAUCAAUGGGAAAAACUCAUUACCUGAAACUUAUAUUUCAAAACCUAUUUGCGCUUUGUUAUUAAGUAUUGCAAAUAGUAAGAGUGAGGCGUUCUCUGAGCAUAUCCUUAAGAAAGCUGAUUAUUUACUACAGGAGAUGAUCUUAAAGAAACCUGAGGAAAUAUUUGAAUCGUUAGUAAAUAGUUUUGGUCAAGAUUUAGUUGAUGAGUACAAAGCAAAGAAAUUAAAUCAAGGUGUAAACCUUGAAGAAAAUGAGAAAGAAAGAAAAAGAAGAUUAGCGAAGAAGCGUCAAGCUAAGUUAAUGGCCAAAUUCAACAGUCAACAGAACAAGUUCAUGAAGGAAAAUGAAGAAGAAUUCGAAAAGGAACAGAGUGCCGAAACUGAUUCCUUAAACAGUGACAAGGUUUUGAAUUAUGAAGACUUCACGUGUUCCUUAUGUCAAGAUGAUACUUCAGAAGAUUUCUUUAUUAUACCAACCUACCAUGAACAUUCACCGAUAUUUAGACAAGGUGAUAUUUAUAAUGUUGAUGAGUAUGGUCGUCCAUGGAAUGGAUUUACCAAUGAUGAUCAAAAUUUAACUUAUAUCAAUGAUACAGAUUUAGAGAACUUGAAGACGGAUGGAUUCCGAGGCUCAAGAAAGGUUUUUGUUUCCUGUAAUCAUCAUAUUCACUAUAACUGUUUCAAGAGAUAUAUUCAGAAGAAAGGAUUUCUUUCCACUGGAUUUAUUUGUCCCCUUUGUCAAACUUUCUCCAAUUCUAUUGUACCUGUGUGGUGUAUACCCAAGAUAGAUCCACAACCAUAUCUUGAUAAUUUACUGAAAGAGGAAAUAUCCGUUGAUUCAUUCAUUCAUAUUCUAAGGGAGUUUAGUUCUGAUGAAUUCCACAGUGUCUACGAUUUUUUCGAGGAUGUGUUUACUGACUAUCAAUCAUUUGACAAAAGAGUACGUAAGAUCGAUGGAUUCACUGUCGCCGAUACGGCAUUGGUCUUAAUAAAUCAUUGGACGAAUACGAUAUCAAUGCUAGAGAUUUCUUCCAGAUUGGAUGUUUCUCCGAAUGAAUCAUUUUUGAAAAACAGAGAACAAAAAUAUAAAACUUUGAAAAACGUUUUGAUCUGUAUGGUUUUGUUAGCCUCUAGUAUAGGUAAACCAAACGUUACUCUUUCUCCAUAUGUCAAUCAGAAAUCCGUCAUUUGGAAUCAAAAUCAAGUGUUCCAAUAUAUUACUAAAGAAUGUCUCUUUAGUACAGCAAAGCGUUCCAUUCGUGAUAUUAUCACAGAGACUUUGAUUAGAUACUGUAAUCAAAUCUUAACUGAUUUUAUCUCACAAGCUGGCUCAUCUUCCCAAAUCAAGGAAAAUUAUGAAAAGGUGAGGGCAUCGGGAGAGAUAUAUGACAUUAAUAUUGAAAUGCUGGAAACUUUAAAGAGUGUUCAAAAUAACGAUAUGGUUAAUGAGAACGAAGAAGCCACAAUGUUCUAUAACCUAGCAUACACGUGUCUAUUGAGUAAUAUUCUGCCUACUCUAAGAAGAUGCUUAAUUUUAAUUAAAGUAUUCCAUGAAUUAUUAAAUGAAUCUGGCGAAGCUCCUUUUAUAAUCGAAGGGAUCGAUAUUGAAAACGACCUUGUUGGAUAUUCCACUCCAGAGUACAUUGACACUUUAAUAUCUUUGCUAACAUACCAUAGAUCCCUUAAAGAGUUAUUAACAAUUGGUACUAAGGCUUUAGAAGCUAUGGGGUCUGAUAGGGAGAUUGAUCCUUACUUACAAAAUAUCCCGUAUGAGUAUUGUGGUAUUGUUAAAAUGGUUGAUUUAGCCAAAUAUUUGAACACGUAUAUUACCAAUACAAGGGAUAUCAAAUUAAGGGAAGAACAACCUACUAAAAACGGUAGCAACAGAUUAGACUUUAGAAUCUGUUUAACAUGUGGUGUGAAAAUCCAUUUAAGGGCAGAUCAUCAUGAAAUGUCGAGACAUUUAGCGAAGAAUUGUUUUAAGUCGUUUGGUGCGUUCUUAAUACCAAACACUUCUGAAGUUUGUUUAUAUCUAGGUCAUCCUCCAUCGACUGUCUUUAUUUCGGCGCCUUAUUUAAAUUCACAUGGUGAAGUUGGUAGAAAUGCCAUGAAACGUGGUGAUUUAACUACGUUGAAUAUCAAGAGAUAUGAAUAUUUGAACAAAUUAUGGAUUAAUAAUGAAAUUCCAGGUUACAUUAGUAGAGUUAUGGGUGAUGAAUUUAGAGUGAGUAUUCUAUCUAAUGGAUUUGUGUUUGCAUUGAAUAGAAACGCUAGACCAAGAAGAGUUCCUGCACCAGACGAAGAUGAGGAGGAUGAAGACGAUUUCAACGAUGACGAAGGAGAUGAGUUUUACGUAGAUGAAGAUGAUGCAGACUUUGAUCCUGACAAUGAUAACCCUAAUCAGCCACCGAAUCUUCGAUUAUUUGGAGAAGAUGGUAACGCUAUGGGAGGAUUCUUAGAAAUGUUUGAGAAUUUCAGAGAUGCACUUGAAGGAGGUGCUACUACGGAACAAGCAAUUCCUCCACAAUUCCAGUUCUUUGGUCCUCGAUUUGAUAAUUUCAAUUUUACAAAUCAAGAAGGAACCCAAGAAGAUGAAGAGGAGGGAAAUGAAACUACUAAUGAGAAUGAUCAAGACCACAGUGGUCAAGAUAACAAUGAGAGUGACGGUGAGGAAUCACACGGGUCCUGGUAA